ACGCCGCUACACACCACUAACGCUUUGCGGCAUUGGAGCAAAUUUUCGCGAAAUUUGCGAUUGAAUUUUUACGUGUGCUUUUGUUAAAAUUUACUUUUUAAAUGGUGUAAAACGCUUGAAACAAUAGCUCCGUGCGUGCGUAUUUUAUGUGACCAUCUGAAGCAAGAAAAUAAGAGCGAGAGCAAAGCAAGAUCGCGAGCACUGGAAACUGGAAACUGCUGCUCAAGUGCAGUAAGUAAAUGCGUCAAUGUUAAUCGCGCUCUUUGCGCUCGCACAUUUGCCAAUCUUUCGUAAGCCGCUGUCAUUGCAAUCAUCAAGGUGUGGCAAAGGCACAGCUACAACAAAGCACGCGACAACAACAACAAUUACUACUACUAAAGCAAUUACCAAUACCAACGCUCAUUUAACGGCAUUAACGAGCAACAGUAAUUUGCAGACAGUUCCAACAACAGCUGGAACAGAACGAACAACUAUUCUAAUUGGAACCUGCCUCAAUAUGAGCAGCAGCACUGAACAGGAUCAGGCAGCAACAGCCGGAGUCAUUGUUGCCGCCAAUGGCAAUCAAUCGGAUACCAAAAAAAUUGAAGUCAUCAAUUUCAAGCCUUAUGAGAAGCAAUGCUGUUAUAGCAUCGAAACGAAUCAUACGAAAGUUUAUGGCUGUGGUGGUAGUCAUGCACGUGGCUCGUCGAAGGUGAAGCUCAAAAAUGUCGUCGACUAUAAAUGGGAACAGAAAUAUUAUUAUCCUGGCCAUUUGGUGGCAGUGCAUCGUGAUGGCAAGCAUUUGGCCUACGCCAUCAAUGUUAACAACAAAGCCACCGGCAUGGAGGGUAUGGUUCGUGUGUGCAACACCAACACAAGCCAACGUGCCCUCAUCAAGGGUAUGAACGGAGAGGUUCUUGAUUUACAAUUUGCUCACAGUGAACGGGAACGGAUUCUAGCCGUCAUCGAUGUGAGCUCCCUGUUUGUGUAUAAAAUCGAUUUAAUCGAUGGAAAUUUGAUGUGCAAACUUGUACUGAAAGUGGAUGAUCCCAUUGCAAGCUAUGUACCCGAAUAUGAUAUGGUCUCCUGGUGUCCCUACGUCACCAGCAGCCACACCUCUAGCAGCACUGCCACCGCCAUUGGUGCCACUGGCGAAGAGGAGGAUGAAAACCAGUUGUUGAUUUGGUCUCGCAGCACACAAUUUCAGUGCUUCCAUGUCAGAAUGAUUGUUACCGAACAUGGCCGCGGACAGAUACAGCCAGCGGCUUUAGAAACUGGUUAUCUUAAGAUUGAGGAGGAUUCAUUAAUAACCUGCGCUGCUUUAUCACCGGAUGGCACAACCGUUGCCGCCGCCUGUGCCGAUGGCCUGGUGCGUUUCUAUCAAAUCUAUUUAUUCGAUGUGCGCAAUCAUCGCUGUCUGCACGAAUGGAAGCCACAUGAUGGGAAACGCGUCUCGUCAUUAUUCUUUCUUGAUAACAUCAACAAACCCGUGGAGGAUGCCUACUGGCAGUAUGUGAUCACCACAAGCGAUUAUAACACGGAGAUUAAAUUGUGGAAUUGCUCACUGUGGGAGUGUCUGCAGACGAUAAACAUUGUUGCCAGCAUUCCGACUCCUGUGCAGCCCUGCAAGUUUAUAGCCGGCAUUGAUCGCAGUGCAGGCUAUUUGGUUAUAUCCAGUCUAGACUCUCUGGCCGUGUAUGUGAUGCAGAUAAGCAGCGGUGCCGGAAUUAAUAGCAGCCUCAAUGAUCAGGCCAGCGAUAGUGGUGACUCUGAUAAUGGAAACGUUUCAGGCGGAGCUGGCAGCGGUCUUGGUAACAACGAAGCCGCCGUGCGCAUCCAGAACAUUGCCGAGUUCAAGCUGAGCUCGGGCAUCUUGUCCUUUUCCAUUGUGAAUGCAAGCAUGCGUCGAUUGAAGAGUACCAACGAGAGUUACUAUCAGUUUGAGGAGCCCGAUGAUUAUGAUGAUGAGAAUAAUGCAACCACCGAUGCCCUCGUGGUGCACAUGUUUGUCGUGCAGGGCAAGAGCCUGCAGGAAUGCCAGAUUAUUUAUCAGCCGUGUGUGGCUGAGAAGCCUGAGCGAAGUUUGAAUAGCAGCAACAAUACGAGCAUUAGCAACAAACGUUCGUUGACUCCAGAUGGGGCAACUCCAUCGCGAUUUUUGCACGUGGCGGAUAUUAAACAGGAGCCAAGCUCACCGCACAACAGCAGCAGCGGCUCGAGCGCUGUGCCGUUGGAUGCACUCUUUGCCAAGUCAAAGCGCAACUCGGCGGGUUCCUCUUCGGCCUCCGUUGUUGCCGUUGCAGUUGCUGCUGCUGCUGCAGCUGCACAGGAUGCAACGGCAGCUGUAACUAAAUCUCGUUCUUCGUCUCCACAAUAUGCGAGUGCUUAUCCGCAACUGAAUCUCAUGACACCGGAUGCGUUUAGUGCUAGUGGCAGUACAGCCGUGAUUUUAGCCACCAGCAGCAAUAACACAACUGGCGCGGAAACUAUCAAUACCACAGCUGUUGCAGCAACUGCUAGCACAGAUCAGUCGGAUAUCGACACUCAAGUGUUGCAGACACUGCGCAUGUUGGCCACGGUUACAUCGAAGGGAACGGAAACAGCAAAUGCAAAUCUGAUGAAACUGAUGAAUAACACUUUGAUUGAAGAUCGGGAGCAGCAGAAGCUGAAGGAAAAACUGGAGGCGCGCAAAAAGUUUAUUGCCAUUGACCGCAAUCCGGAACGCAAUGCAGCUGAAAAUUUGGCCAGUGGCGGCUCAAGUCCCAGCCGAGAAGUCCAGGAGAUUAUGGCCACGCAGGACGAUGCUGAUGACUAUGAACCGGAACUGGAGAAUCUGGAAUCGGAUGAGGAAAAUAAUUAUUUCAUGCCAUGUAAAACCGAAAAGAAAAAGGAGGAAGAGCUUGUCAACUCAUCGCCUUUGGAGGAAACUGCCGGCAAUUGGUUGCCAGAUGCAUCCUUAUUGCAAUCAGCGCCGACUAAGAAAUCAGCCGAAUUGCAAAAUGCUGCACAAAUAAUGUCGCAGGCUGUGCAGCACAAAAACAAUGGCAAUGUUCCACCGACGUUGGGCAACAGCAGCAGCAAUAGCAACAACACGGCAACAACAUUAAAUAGCAGUAACAACAGCAACAAUAGCCACAAUGCAACAAUUGAAAUUACAGGCGGCAAUUCAGAAACGAAUGCAAAACUGGAACAAUUAUUGGAUCUGGUCAAGGCGCAAUCGCAGCAGCUUAACAAACUGGAGCAUGAAGUAAGCAAACUGCAACAACAGCAGCAGCAACAACAGCAACCUAGUAGCAGCAGCAACACGAGCAACGCAGCUGCAUUGCAACCGAAAAGCGUCAACGAGUUGGCCUACAAAAUUGAAAUGCAAUUAUCUAAACUGAUGGAACAAUAUCUGAAGCGUUACGAAAAUGAACACAAAAGAAAACUGGCUGAAUUUCUACACGAACGCGAGAAUCAGAACCGUGCGCUACGUGAUUCGGUGCUGCAGGUGCUCAAUGAGUAUGUGAUGAAAUAUUUCACGGAAAUCAUUGGCAAUGUGUUGAAUGUGGAGCUACAACGUCAGGUGCUGCCACGUGUCAAUGCCAAAAUGGAUCAGCUACAGAAUCAAAUGCAACUGGAAAUUGUCCAAAAGUUAAAUGUAUUCGACAAGACAAUUAAAGAAAAUAUUGCACAAGUGUGCAAGAGCAAACAAUUCCUGGAUGCAUUUGGAAAAUCCGUACUAAUUGGCGUACAGACAAGCCUGCAAACGGCCUUUAUUGAGUCCAUGAGCAGCACCCUAAUUCCAGCCUAUGAGAAAUCAUCCCAGAACAUGUUCAAGCAACUCCACGAGGCAUUUAGCGUGGGAAUUAAAGACUUCAUGGUGGAGUUCAAUGCUUAUCUGCAACACAUGCCACAGCCGCAUAAUGGCGACGAGUUGAACAACAAACUGGGCCUUCUAAAGCAGCUGGUGGAAACCAAUUUGUUGAAACAUCGUACCGAAUUAACCGACGCCAUGUUGGAGACACAGCGUGAGGUAAAGAGCUUGGAAAUUCUGCUUGCCCGCCAAGUGCAGGAGACCAUAAGGGCCGAAUUGCGCAAAUAUAUGGAUAGCCAGAAUAUGGCAAUGAGAUCGCAGGCAGCGACACCCGCUCCAACCUACGAUCUACGCGAUAGCAUUAAACAAAUGCUGUUGGCGGGUCAAAUAAACAAGGCCUUCCAUCAGGCUUUGCUAGCAAAUGAUUUGAAUCUUGUGGAGUUUACAUUGCGUCACACAGAUCGCAUGCAGGUCUUUGCACCCGACGGCUGUCGACUGGAGCAGAAGGUGUUGCUCUCGCUCAUCCAGCAAAUCUCAGCAGACAUGAGCAAUCAUAAUGAGCUUAAACAGAGUUACCUCAAUGAGGCGCUACUAGCUAUCAACAUGUCGGAUCCUAUAACGCGCGAGCAUGCGCCUAAAGUUCUCUCUGAACUGUAUCGUAAUUGCCGCCUGUUUAUCAAGAAUUGCCCAAAGAGUCCGCAAUGCAGCAAUGUCCGUCUGCUGAUCGCCAUGUGCAGCGCUACGUAUCGCGAUCAGUUUAAAUGAUAUCAAGAGCAAACUGCUUCAGCCGGUAGCUGGCACUGACAACAUUUUCUUGGCCCCAAAAUCCCAUGCACAGACUCCUCUUACACAAAUACACUGAGACAGACAAUUAUUUGUAGUUUGGCAACCGUCUUCUAGCUCUAGCUUCAAUUUUGAAAUUAACCUUUUUUUGAAUACCUAAGCUGAAAGUUUUCGCUAUUUUCAUUAGACAUCUUUUUUUGUUACUAUUUGUUUUGUGCGUGUUUGUUUUAUUUUUAUUAGAUCUUAUUCUUUUGUUCUUGUCACGAUAUUGUCUUUUCCAACUAAGAAGAAAACUUAACAAAAAGAAGAAAACUUAAAAAGUAGGAAAAAAAAGUAAGAUACAUUUAGCGUGAUCAACAUUUGCAAUAAGUUAUAUAUAAAUAUAUUUUUUUUAAAUCAUAAAUCUAAAAAAUAUUAAGUAUUUUUGAUUUCGUUCCCUUAUCGCGCUUUUAGCUAUGGAUUCUUUUUCAUUUAUUAUGACGCUUAUCGUUAAAGCAGAGCUAUAGAAAUAUAUUUUUAAAAAACAAUUCUAAAUAUUUCCAAAUACGAACGAACUUUCUUAAAAGGGACAAACAAUUAUGAUGAUUGCUAAACUAAAAGAAUAACGGAACUGCAAGUAAAUGCGUAAAUAUUAAGCUAAGCCUGAGCGAUAAACUAUAACAUUUAUAAUAAUAAAAAAGUUCAAAAAAAAUUA